AUGCGUAACAUCUUGCACAGGGAACGCGUGGAAGAUGAUGAUAUCAAAUCUAUCCAGCGUGUUGCAAACGUUAGCGUGAUUGACAAUACGAUCACGAUCCCCGACAUCCCUGCAACUCCCAUAGUAGUCUGGGGAAGACUCUUUCACGAGGACGACACGGAUGUAGUCAAAGCUUGCUUGCAGUGGCCCCUCGCAUACGACAAGCGUUGUCACAAUUGUGCGCAUUUUUUCGAAGGGGUUCCCGUCCCUCUCCCGGUGAGCAGAGAUGACCUCAGACAUGUUUACUUCUGCGAGGGAAAGUUCUGCUCGUGGCAGUGUGCCAAGUCUUUCAACAUGCGCGAGACUUCGCCAGCAGGCAGAGGUAAUAGAAACAUGUACAUUUCGGUCCUGGCGUACAAGACUUGGAUCAAGCUCAAAAAGGGCAUCAUGGACAUCGAGACCAAACAAAAGAUGAAGACGUACUGCGACUACAGACUCCAACCCGCCGCACCUCGAGCUAAGCUCCAAGAGUUUGGCGGGGAGCUGUCAAUCGAAGAGUACCGCAAAGGUUUCUGCGGAAUCAUUCCACCAUCGGAAAUCAUAGAGGAGACUAGUCCUUUUUUAAACAUCCGACGACAGUCUGUGCUUCCGUUCAUCGACACGGACUCCGCCGGCUCGUGUCUAAAUGUCCUACGGAAGUCCGUUCAACACAUUGAGGCGACGGCGCCCUUUGUGGGCACCCGGCGCAUCGACACGAACCGCGAACAAGAGUUUAACAACUCUUUCGUGGACAGACUGAAGCGAGCCAGGCUGGAUCCGGCUAUCAUGAGAAGAAAGAAAGAGUUGGACGUCUCCAAUACACUGCUGUCUUCAAUGGGCAUCGAAAUAAAGAAAAGGUCGCGAUGA